UUAUAAACAAAGGAAACUGCCGUCGUUAAACACGGUGCCUCAUGGAUGUUGACCCGAUCCCGUCCUCCCGCGUUUCUUCCCGCGUUAAAGGGGACAAAUCAAGCUGCCCGUUCCAUCAUUGGUUCUACCGUCUUACGCUGCUCCAUUCCAUCAUCUCCCCCUUGUAUUCUCCAGAGCUGUGUUCAGUCAGCACAAGUCUUGUUCAUUCGUUAUCAGCAACUUUGCUCCGUAUUCUCAACUUGAAACUGGAAGGGAACAGCGAACCUGUAAUGUCUACUCACAUGGAUAAUAUCUUGGAUGUGGAGCCAAGGGCUAUGUCCUUCCACUUUGUAAGAGACACUACAAAUGAUUUCUCUGAAGAGCAAGUGAUUGGCCAAGGUGGAUAUGGAAUUGUUUACAAGGGGGUUGAUAGGGAUGGACCGGUCAUUGCUGUGAGGAAGCUCUAUCCCAUAAGAGAAAUUGAUGAUGAGCAGCUCCAGAAGGAGUUUACGGGCCUCAAGAUGCUCAAUCAUCCAAAUAUUGUACGAUUACUUGCCUACUGCUAUGAACAAGAACAACUUCUUAUACCGUACAAAGAGAAACAUAUAUUUGCUCCUCGAACAAUUAGGGUGUUGUGCUUUGAGUACAUGAAAAAUGGAUCCCUUGAUCAGUACAUUGAAGAUGCUAGUUCUGGACUCAGUUGGCACGGACGGUACCAGAUAAUCAAGGGCAUAAGCGAAGGGUUAAGAUACCUCCACGAGGGAUUGAAGACUCCUAUUAUCCACAUGAAUCUAAAGCCUAGCAAUAUUUUGCUGGAUCAUAACAUGAUACCGAAGAUAGCUGAUUUUGGUCUGCGAAGGCUCGUUGGAGAAGGAAACGCCAGAUGUAUGGGAACAAUUGCAUACAUGUCGCCGGAAUUCAUUGAAAGACAAAUAAUCUCGCAUAAGUGUGACAUAUAUAGCCUUGGUGUUAUAAUCAUAAAGCUGAUAACAGGGGAGAGAUUAUAUUCGGGACAUUUUGAUAUGUCUUCAGAUAGGUUUAUCGAGCUGGCGCAUGAAGAAUGGAGGGAGAGGCUACAGAAAACUUUGAAUGGUAUGUCACUUGAAGGAUAUUCCCAGCAAAUUAAGAAAUGCUUGGAGAUAGCAUUCAAAUGCGUGGAGUUAGACAGACACGAGAGGCCUUCCAUCGGAGAUAUCAUAGAUAGGCUGAACGAAACUGAAACCUUGAUUCCAGAAGAAGUUCGAGCAGUACAUACCCGGAUUGAUUCAACACACUCUGAGCUGCUUGAAGUCCACCCACAAGAGCUCUACUUCCCAUUCAUGUUGAAAGGAAGAUGCGAGGCCAUGAGCUCCUGCUCGCUGCAGCUAAAGAACAGAGGAGACAACCGCGUGGCGUUCAUGCUUGUAGCCAGCAACCCCGAUAGAUACUUGACAAGGAAGCCGCUCUGCGGUAUUGUGCCUCCAAGGUGCGUCUACACUCUCAGUCUCACAAUGCUCCAGCAGACAGCAUCAACAUCAUCAUCGGACAGCAGCGACUUCUUCACACUGUACACCACGGCAGUGGGACAACACGACCUCCUAGAUGUUCCCAAAGAUGUUGUCUCCGUUGAGUACGACUACUUCUUUAAGAAAGUCCAAAAGAUGCCCGGUGCCAGAGAUAAGGUGCAAGUGGCGACGUUGAAGGUCAUCUGUGAUCGACGACCAGCCACCAAGUCUAUAGGGAGAUCAUCUUCACCUGAGUUAAACACUCUUUUGAGAAACAGUUUUCUGGAAUCUUCUAUUUCGGGGAGUCCACACUUAUUUUCUAACAAUCUGAUGCGGCUAACUUCCCAGGAUGGUCAGCUCCAUACAUCACCGAUUACAAUGACAUAAAUCAGGAUGCAGGUUGUUUGAGAUGAAGGCUUGAACUCCCCGAAUACAUAAGUCGAAGGCUUUUAAAUUCGAGGCCUGCUUCGGUAGACCCUCCCUCCACAAACCGUAUAAGGGCGAUAUUGUCAUUUCAUCAAACCGUAUAGUCGUACGCAUAUGUGACACAUACGAGACAUCAUACUAACUUUUUAUUAAACUCAAGACCUCAUGGAAUAAGGACAACCACAUUAACCAACUAGGACAACCUAAUGCUUGGGUGCUUUUACUUCCUUUUUUGCUUUCUUCUACUUCAGGUCGCGGCUGGGCCGGCCCAUUGUUGAAUCGGUACUUUUAUCACUAUUGUUUUUCGUUUUUUCUUUUCGUUUUUUCUUCAUUUUUGUUUCUUUUUUAUUUUGUAAAAAUGCUCACACUUAUACUUUUUUCAAAUUUAAAAAAAAUCGCUUUCUACAAUUUUGUUCAUAAAGUACAGAUAAAUCACAUUUUAAGAAAAUUGUAUAGAUAUGUCAAAAAUUUGUUUGUUAAAUAGAAAAAUGCUCACAUCAAUAUGAUUAAAUUUCUGAACAUCUAUUAAAUAGAAAAAUUGUUCGUUUGAACAAAAAUGGUUGUUUAUUUUUCGUUUAAAUAGAAACAUGCCAACAUGACCACGGACCACUAGGGCACCUCUCCCUUUCAUGCCCGCAAGCUCACAAGUCCCUGGAAAACACUCGCUCGUUCAUGUGGUUGUUUUUUUGUUCGCUAUUUCCUAAUGUACAUUUUUUCAAAGAACGCUCAUUAAGAAAGAGGAGGGAGUUUAAUUACAAGUUGACCAUUGACUUUUAGAUAAUUUUUAAAAUAAAUAAUUAGGAAUUCAAGAAAGCUCACAAAGAAUUUAAAAAGUUCACUGGAUUUUAAGAAAACUCAUUGAUCAGAAAAAAGUUAAACAA